UAAUUUCAAAAUGUACUACUGGUUUUAUGUGUUACCGACUACAUAAUUUCUGAUUCGCAGCAUCAUCUAUGGUGCUGAUGUAACACAGUCUCUUAACUGCUUCUGCAAUUAUAUUGACGCAACAGCCAGAGACAGAUUCGCUUUCUCUCAUCCUUCUAGCGCUCAUCGCAUCCUUCAACAACCGUUAAUGUAAUAUCCGUCAUUAGAUAGCAGUUCACGUGGGCAUCUAUAUAAUUAAUUAUACAAGGAUCAUACUAGGUGAUCCUUGUUCCAUUUCUACGAGAAGCGUGCGGUACGAAUAAAUGUUGAAAAGGAAAAGAAGACGGGUGCGCUGGGUGGAAAUGGUAAUCUGUAUGGCACCGUUGAUCAAAGUAGGAUCAAGCGGUCGGUCGUCGAUAACAAGGGUCCGCCAAAGAAAGAAUGCAAAGCGAAUAUGGUCAGGAUACAAGGUAGUACAUAAGCCGGAUGGGUUCGUCUCGUGUUCCAAGUACUACAAGAGCGAUGUUCACGUGUCGCGACUGUCAAUUCGGAAAGUUGCGCGCGACGAGCAUCCUCGUUCACCUUCGCCCACCUUCGGCCAUCAGCUUUUUCCCCCUUCCUUCCUCGCCUUUUCCCACCUUUUCCAUGGGAACGUUGACUUCGAGGCGUGGCGCCGGAACUCGAAGAACGUCCUAGUCUGACGACCUCCUCGAUAAUUACGUGAUCGACUGCGUUCCGUUGACCAUCCUUCUUUCCUACCAAUUUCUACGAUUACAUCCUUAACCCCAUUGGAAAUGGCUGCCGCGUCGGUUCGCCCGAAAUCACGAAUCCUCGUCUACAGACUCGUGUAUUCAGGCUUUUAUUAAAUAAAGAAAUUUGAAAUUAUCAAAAUAUGUAUUCAAGUGUAUACCCUCCCUAAGCGAAAUCUCUGGGUCCGCUCCUGAGACCAUUAUCUAUCAAUCUAGCGAUACCAGUAUCAAUCUACUGAUACCACUGUUUGCGCAGUACCUAAGCGGAAGUACACCAAUGCGAGUGUCGCGUCAGGUGCAGUUAAUUCGCCAAUUUCCUGAUCGUCGCAUCGCGAAAUGUCUAAAAACGCGAAUGGAAACAAUCUACAGCGUAAUUCUACAAGGCGACGUAGAAACAGGGAUUAUAUCGGGUUCGCAACAUUGCCCGAACAAGUACACAGGAAAUCGGUUAAAAGAGGAUUCGAGUUCACCCUGAUGGUGCUAGGCGAGAUGGGUCUUGGAAAAUCUACGUUAAUAAACAGCCUGUUCCUCGGUGAUCUUUACAAAGAUCGACGAAUUCCUGAUGCAGCUGAACGCGUCGAGAAAACGACUACGAUUGAAAAGAAAACGAUGGACAUCGAAGAACGCGGCGUUAGGUUACGUUUGACUAUCGUCGACACACCUGGAUUCGGAGACGCGGUGAACUGCGAGGAUACCUGGAAGGCAUGCUCGGCGUACAUCGACGAACAAUUCCGACAGUAUUUCACGGACGAGAGUGGUUUGAACAGGAAGAAUAUUCAGGAUAACCGAGUACACUGCUGUUUGUACUUCAUACCUCCUUACGGUCACGGACUUAGACAGAUCGAUUUGGAAGUGCUGAAACGAUUACACCGUAAAGUGAACGUUGUCCCCGUGAUCGCCAAGGCGGACACGCUGACCACGUACGAAGUGAAAAAGUUGAAAGAAAGAAUUCUCGCUGACAUCGAGGAGCACGAGAUUCAGAUAUAUCAGUUUCCGGACUGCGACAGCGACGAAGACGAAGAAUUCAAGCAACAAGAUAAAGAGCUGAAGGCGUGCAUUCCUUUUGCCGUGGUCGGCAGUUCGACGGUGCUCGAAGUGGCGGGAAAAAAGGUCCGCGGUCGUCAAUACCCAUGGGGAGUGGUAGAAGUGGAGAACCCGAAGCACAGCGACUUCGUGAAAUUAAGGACGAUGCUGAUAUCGACGCACAUGCAGGAUCUAAAAGACGUGACCCAAGACGUGCAUUACGAGAAUUUCCGGGCACAAUGCAUUUCACAAAUUUCACAGCAAGCGAUUCGGGAACGGAGGUAUUUACGCAUUAAACUGAAGAGAGAUUCGGGGCCACAUUUUGAAAACAGCAUAUCCGACACGGACAGACUUUUGUUGCAAAAGGACGAAGAGAUACGAAGAAUGCAAGAUAUCCUCGCACAAAUGCAAGAGAAAUUAAAAGCCACGGGACAGGUCGGACCUGGAAGUGGCCUCAGAGGAAGGGUCGGAAGUCUCGGAAACGAUUUAGACGCCACCGACGUCGAGAAGAAACGCAACAGUAUUAUAGAUGUUUAAAUCUUCGAACGAAAUUAUAUUUUUCUUCGGUUACCACGUGCAGUUUAGCAUAAGUGAUUACUCAACUUGGUUCUACACGAAUACGCACAAAAGCUAUCACGUUUCAAGCAAACGAACUGAAGAGUUUUUAUAUGCUCCUACGUGUAUAAGUGAUUUAUUAUAUUAUAUUUAAGUGUAAGAUUUUAGAACGAAUUGUUAGAGUGUCGUCAGUCGCGUUCGCGGGCCAGUUUUCACUUUUAUAUGUAUGUAUAGUACUCGGAACGGAUGUUCCAAUCCGUUAAACAGUAUUUGAUAUCGCUACAAAUUGUUCGGGUAAUCAAAAACUUGUAUUACGUAUACAUAUACAUAUAAAAGAUACUGUGGCAGAAAUAAACGAACGAGUAUAAUUAUUUUUUUCUCUUUCGUAAAAUGUGUUUUCUAAUUUUUUUUCCUUUUAUGACAAUAAACACGUUUAAUAUUCCGUCACGAGUAAUCUUAAUUAAUUUCGUAAACGAUUUCGGUAACUCAGGAAAUGUCACCGAAUAAAUUGAUCGUUGCUGUACAGUCGGCAAAAGACAAUGCGGUUUUAUUAUUAACUAUAAUUGUAGGUAUGGAUCCGUAUUAAAGUUCCCCCGAAUAA